UUAAAAAAAAAAGCACAAAAGAAAUUCAAAACACCUAAAUUUAAUAAAGAUCUUCCACUUAUAUCAUACAACAUGAUUACAGAAUUAGAUACAGAUGAAGAAUUAUCACAAACAAGCAAUCUCACUCAAGAUAAUGAUCUAACAUUUGAGCUUACCUCUGGCUCUUUGACAAACAGUACACAAACUCAGCCAUCAACUAUCAUACAUAAAGAUAAUACUACUUAA